AUGCCCGGUACCUUAGAAGGCCGGUAUAUCAAACUUGAACCGGGAGAAAUCUUAAAGUUCCCUCCCAGCGCAUUCCCGCAGGCCAUCGAUCUCGACUCGAGCAGGCGCUGGAAUUCAGCCAUCGGAGUCUUAUUAUCCGACGAAUCUACAGCGUGGGCCGAUACUGUGACCUUGUACAAAUCAUUAGAUACGUCACUUGCAUUAUCGGUGGAGAUCAGGACCUCCUUCGAGCUCGAUCGGAUGCUGAGCAAUGGAGAAGUCGUUGGAAAACUUGAAACAUCAUGGGAUGCGCUGCUCGAUAAUCGAAGUGAGCCUUUCAAUAUUUCCUUCCCGUCCGUUCUUAGUGUUCACCCUUCCCUCACGCUGAAGGCCACUGUUCUACUUGAUAGCGACAUUCCGGACACCGCACUGCUUAACGUGAAUGCUAUCAACCUCGACUGGUUUGGCCUUGUGUUGACAGGACACCUCCUGCAGUCCGUCGGUGAAUGUGAGAUUGCUCGGAACACAGAUGCGGGCCACGAACGAUUUGCCACACACAUCAUAAGCAACACGGUCUCUCACCUGAACGAUGCCGUACAACAUUUUCAGUCAGUCCUGGACCAAUGUCCGGUCGGCCAUCUUGACCGUGCAGCAGCUUUCACUAACCUUGCGUGGGCCCGCCUUCAGGGCUACAUUCAAAACGACUCUCAAGACAUAGACUCUAUCACUUCUUUAUUUCGCCCUUGCAUUGCCGAGGAGGGCACCACCGUUUACAUCCAGGAAUCUGCGCAACUGUCCUGCAAGUUAUUACCCCUCUGUCCAGAGGGCACUUUCUUUCAUAGCAUUGCGGCAGGGGCAAAUGGCAUCGAUUAUGUGAUUCGUGCAUGCAACAAUCUUCCAACCGACGCAUCUGAUGAAGGCAUCCACUUUCGACAAGUCGUGCUCGACCUCUGUACUCUGAGCAGCGAACACCGUCCAAGAGCCCUCCAAGAGCUUGCACAGGCAGUAGAAGGACGCUUCCAAGAACGCGGCAGCAUUGAUGACCUAGACGAGUGUAUACAGCUUCGUCGUGGAGCUGUUUCUGUGUGUCCCCAGGGACAUCCUGGACACUAUACGUACCUGAAUAACUUGGCUUUGUCACUCGGUUACCGCUUCAAUCAUCAAGGCAACUCUCAUGACCUCAACGAGGCCAUCUCUUUGUACGAAGAAGGGCUGCGCCUGUGCCCCGUUGGGAAUACAUAUCGUAAUUUCUCAUUGGACAACCUAGGACUUGCCCUCCGCACCCGUUUCAAUCAACACAGUGAUGUUAACGACAUCAUGAGAGCCAUCAACCUCCAUCGCGAGGCACUGACGUCGUGCCCGCCUGGGAAUCCAUGUCGUGAGACCACGCUCCACAACCUUGCUCUCGCGCUCCACGACAGAUAUGCCAAAUUAGAUGCCAGCGAGGAUCUCGACGAGGCCAUCGACCUGUACCGGGAAUCACUUCAGUUACAGCAGCAUGGACAUCCCAGUCGCCAUACAACUCUUGACAAUUUGAGCUCGGCGCUCCGUUAUCGUUUCACGCAAACUCAGAGGAAUGGAGAUGUCGAGGAGGCCAUUCGACUGUGCCAGGAGUCGUUGGAGACCUUGUCUUCACUGCACCCGGAUAGAUAUUUCAGCUACAUGGUGUUGCAGGAAGCCUAUCUGUCUCGUUACCGAGUGCAAUACGACCUUGCCGAUUUGUCGCUCGCUGUGGAGAACUUCAGACUUGCAUCACGUCACCCCACCCAAGGAUUUCCGCACCGCAUCAGGGAGGCUAUAGACUGGGCUCACCAAGCUGAGGUUUAUCGACACGACUCUGCUCUCGAAGCAUACCGAAUCUGCUUGGAGCUUUACGACAAUCACGUGAUGACACGAUCAACGAUCAUCUCACGGCGUGAGGCUGCAACCGCUUUUCGCGGUGCACAGUCACUGCCAGUAGAUGCAGCCUCAUGUUCCAUACGUCGCGAGGAUCUGCAACAAGCAGUCGAACUCCUGGAGCAGGGUCGUGGCCAGCAGUGGUCGCUGGCCUCUCGACUCCGGACUCCGUUGGAAGACCUCGAGGUCACAAAUUCCAACUUUGCUCACAAGUUCUUGGAGCUCAGCAAUAGUCUUUCUGAUGCUCAGGGUUCUGCCGGAAGCGCUGACCGAGUUGCUGCUGAUCUAGCAGCAACUCAGUACAGGAGACUUCAGGAGAAGUGGGGAGCUGCAGUAGCUGAAAUUCGCAAUAUCCCAGGUUUCUCGCGAUUCCUGCUCCCCCCGUCGUAUACAGAAUUGCAAGCGGCAGCACGUCAUGGACCAGUCAUCAUUCUUGUUGCGAGUCAAUACUCGUGCAGCGCCAUCAUUGUCCCAACCUCGGGAGAACCACACCACGUUCUCUUCCCGCGCAUCACUCUCGCACAUCUGGAGAGGCUCAAGAGCGACUUUGCCAGGGAGAUACGACUUGCAUCUUUUAUGCGACUAGAGGAGACGAGGAAGGAAUUGCAAGUCCUCCUGAGGACAGUAUGGGACGAGAUCAUGCUUCCCAUCCUCAUCGUCCUCCAGCGGGAUCUCAGAGUGACGAGCCGGUCUCGAAUCUGGCUAUGUCCAACUGCAACCUUCACUUCUAUUUCUCUCCACGCAGCUCACCCCUUUCGAACGAAGGCGGACGGACGUGGGAGGGAACUAUGCCUGGAGGACGUUUAUAUCUGUUCUUAUACGCCGACACUUUCAGCUCUGAUCAGAUCUAGACAGACGAUGAAGACACGUGUAACUACUCCGUCCUUUGCUGCAAUCGGACAAAGUGUACCGGGUGCGGGGCAAGGCGGGGCGCUCUUGACUAUCGACAGCGAGCUCGAGCUCGUCUGCAAGCUCGUCCCUACGACGGCCAAAACUACCACUCUCUCUGGCGAUGACGCCACGCGAGCAGGUGCACUCGACGCUUUGCGACGCAACACCUGGGUGCACCUCGCCUGUCAUGGGAAACAGGACCGCGAACAGCCUUACUAUUCACGUUUCGCCAUGAGAGACGAACCUCUGACGCUGCUCGAUAUCAUGGAGAACGACACCCCGCAAGCAGAGUUCGCAUUCUUGUCGGCGUGUCAUACCGCCGUUGGCGACGAGGAGACACCUGACGAAGUGAUCCACCUCGCAGCUGGACUGCAGUUUUCUGGAUUCAAGAGCGUCAUUGGCACGCUGUGGGUGGUGGACGACGCUGUCACAAAACACGUCGUCGAAGCUUUCUAUGAGAAUAUGUUCAAGGAUGGUGCGAUGGACUGCACGAAGGCGGCCUGGGCACUGAACCGUGCUACAUGCUCGGUGAAGACGAAAGUGCCACUCGAGCAGAGGAUGGUUUUCAUACAUAUUGGCGUGUAG